AUGCUCAGCGAGGCAUCCAAGCCAAUCAGCAGCCUGCUGGUGGAGCAGGUGAAUGCCGAACACGUCCGUCGCCGCCGCUGCCUCAUCAAGGAAGUUGAAUCGCUGAUCUACCUGCUACGGCAAAAUCUUCCCAUCCGUAGGAGGACUGAGACGGAGGGCAAUAUCCACCAGCUGCUCGUGUUACGGCGAAAGGACGUGCCGGACUUGCAUCUAUGGGAUGAAUACUUGUCUCCGGUGGCUCAGAACGAGAUAAUAAAGAGCAUUGGAACUACCGUGCUGCGCAAUGUCCUGCAAGACAUCAGGGCAGUCAAGUUGUAUGCAGUCAUGGCAGAUGAGACAACCGACACCUUGAUGAACGAACAGUUUAGCUUGUCUAUUCGCUGGGUGGACGACAAGCUCGACAUUCACGAGGACCCGGUGGAAUUCAUAAUGGCUGAAGAUACAUCAGGUGAGGCGCUGGCAAACCACAUUAAGGACGCACUCAUCCGCAUGCAGCUCCCACUGCAGAACUGUCGCGGACAGGCGUACGACGGAGCAGCCAACAUGCGAGGGCGGAUCAAGGGGGUCUCCACGCGGCUGCAGAAGGAGUGUCCAUCAGCGCUAUAUGUGCACUGCUUGGCCCACUGCACAAAUUUGGCUCUACAGGAAGCAUCACGCAAGUGCAAGAUCAUCCGCAACGCGCUGGACAUCACCAACCAAAUCACGAUCUUCGUGCGCAACUCACCCAAGGCAGCUGGAAUGCUGCGUGAGCUGGUCAAGGCCAAGGUCUACUACAGGCGCCAGUUUUAUGAGGUGCUGGACAUGCUGGACACCCAGCUGGAGGACCGCUUCGACCAGCCCGCAAUGGAGACGAUGCAGCGGCUGGAGCGGGUUUUGGAGAGAGCAGCCACGCCGCAAGAGACCCCCGUACAGCUUCCGGCCUCCUUGAGAGAGCUUGACAACGUCUACUGCCGAGAGGUCAUUCUCAACACUGCGUAG